ACUGUCCAUGGGUAGAGAGCUUUCGUUCAGCAGGCUAUAUUUAUUUUACACACUCGUAAUAACCAUUAUAGCAUAGGUGAAUGAAGUUAGCUUUCUCAGAGGAUUUAAUCCAAAUUGGUUUAACAACUCGCAUGGAAAGUUUGGGAAUCGUGUUGCGCAGCCAGCGACUGACUUCAAAGUUGCAAACAACAACGUUUUUUUGAAUGGAAGCUUGGACGCUGAGCGCCAUAAGAAGUUUGGAAAGGGGGGCCGGCUGGGGUCGUGUAGGCUAUCUGAAGUGACAUUAGCCUAUAACUAGACGGCAGUCUGUUGCGAACAGUGGAGUUAACGGACUCACCAGGGAGAAGGCGAAUCUUCUAUUCGCUAUAUUUCUCGUCUUUAUCCAUUCCGGAAUAGACUGGCUUCCUCGCUAUAUCGGACACGUUACGGGACACACUUCUACUUCGGGUCAGGAUCUCCACGUCAGAAUACUCUCCGGUAAUCGUUUACUUUGGGAGAGACUGAGGUUUGGAUUUGAAUCGUUCGCUUAAUUUGUGUUCUUUGAGUAACUUUGUUUUCAUUAGCGUAGCCUACUUUGUUUUUUCCUGGACCCAACGUUUUUUUGUGUGAAGGUUUUUGUUUGAACGCUUAUAGAUUUAAGACCAACAUUUAUUUGUUUGAAAUUUCGAGAUGAAUAAAUACGACGAUUUAGAUGUUGAAGCAAGUAAGUUUCUGGAAGACCUCAAUAUGUAUGAGGCAUCUAGGGACGGGCUGUUUCGAAUGAAGAGGGAUGCAGGGAACAACUCAGACUUUGAAGAAACCAGGAGAGUUUUUGCCUCUAAAAUGACGAAAAUCCACAUGCAGAAACAGCAAGAGGAAAUUGCCAAAAACAAUUUGUCAGUGAGAUUGAACGGGGGUCACAAUAGAGUGGCUGAAAGCACCGUUUACGCCAAAGACAGGCCGCCUACUAAUAGCUACAGACUGGCGGGAGAAGCAGCGGCCAAGCCUCCCAUACACUCUGGCCCCACGCCGGGCACCGUAAUUUGCGCGAGUCAGUACGCGCCAUAUGACUCUCCGAAACACCAUUCUUCAAGUCAACAGGCAUACAGCUUCGGAAACAUCUAUGAUAACAAGGAGCGUUUUGAAAGGAAUUCUUACCAACAAUACCAAGCGUCAAAUCCCAACACCCCCAUGAACGCACCCACAAAUUCUUCUGUUCCCCCUGCCAGUCCCAUGGGGCCGGGCACUUGGGCUUCGACUGCAUCCUCCAGCCCUGGUGGAUCAUCAAGCCAAAUGGGCAGCACAUUGCAACAGCCCCAACAAUCAUCCUCUCCCUCAUUUUCCAAAAGCUUACCAUCUCCAACCCCCACUAGACUUAAAGAUAGCAAGGAAGCAACUCCAACAGUGCAGCAGAGUUCCCCCAUGGUAGCUGGUGCUGGGUCUACACCAGAUUGGAGUCUGAGCUUGGGCAACCCAGACCAGAUAGCACCUCUCCCUCUGAGUACCUUCCCCAUAGGAGCUGACCUGUACCAGCAGCCAUCUCCCCAACUUGUCCCUGUCACCCCACCAACAGGUCAUUACUCACCAGCAUCGUUGUUGGCUGCAAGACCCAGUGCCAACCAGGGAGAUCUACACCAGAACGGGCACUCUCAGAGCCCUGGGGCCCUCACUCACAUCCCUUCUCAGGUGGCCGUCUCAUCCCCUGCCCCUUCUGCACUCCCCUCUGAGGAAGCGCAGCCCAAAGCCACCGUAGCAGCUUACCCCCCAGCCUUUGCCUCUACCGUUGGAACCAGUGUUUGUCGAAGCUUUGGUCAGGGUGAAGGUCUUGGCCAGCUCCAGGGCAGUCAAGUGGCCAUCGGGGUGGUGUUGCCCUCUGGCCUAGACAGCCACCUGUCCUCUGGUGGUGAGGCCUGCCAGCUCCAGCCUGAAUUACCCAGCGCCCCUAGACCUCUUAAAUUGCCUUGUCAGACUCUUCAUGUCCAGCCGGAGCAGGGGCCGUCUGCUGCCGAGAUCAAAUUAGAAGCCCUGACAAAACAUCUGGAGAAGGAGAUGGAUGCCCAGCCAAAGGCAGACUACUUUGGGAACUGUGUGAAGUGUAACAAGGCAGUGUAUGGCGCCACUCAGGCCUGUCAGGCAAUGGGGAGCCUCUACCAUGACAUCUGCUUCACCUGCAGCGCCUGCAGUCGAAGGCUAAGGGGGAAAGCAUUUUACUAUGUUGGUGGGAAGGUGUUCUGUGAAGAGGACUUUCUGUAUUCUGGAUUCCAGCAGUCUGCAGACAAAUGUAACGCAUGUGGACAUCUGAUCAUGGAUAUGAUCCUUCAGGCCCUUGGAAAGUCCUAUCACCCUGGUUGUUUCCGUUGUGUCAUUUGUAAUGAGAGUCUGGAUGGAGUGCCCUUCACUGUGGACACCGAGAACAAGAUCUACUGUGUCAAAGACUAUCACAGAGUCUUGGCACCCAAAUGUGCAGCGUGUAACCAACCCAUCCUGCCUUCUGAGGGCUCUGAUGAAACCAUCCGAGUGGUGUCCAUGGAGAAAGACUACCAUAUUGAGUGUUAUCAAUGUGAGGAAUGUCACAUGGAGCUAAACGAUGAGGAGGGGCACCGCUGCUUCCCGCUGGACGGUCACCUUCUUUGCCACGGCUGUCAUGUGAAGCAUAUUGAGCCUGGAUGCGCCUCACCAACUGCUGCCUCCUACCAGCACCAAUUCUAGUUCUAUAAUGUAGUGCAUGGUGUCACCAGGUGGUCCUGUGAACUAACUGCCAAAAUCCAAUCAUGAGUAAUCCGCCAAAAAAGUCAACAUUGGUUUUAAUGACAUUGUAUGCAUUUACUGUACAUCUCUGAUAUACUUGUGGAUAAAAUGUCUGUGUGAUUGAGUGUGUUUAUGUAUGAGGGUGUGUUUGCACUUGUAAAUGAGACCUGGUUUUUAAUGACAAAACAUUUUAUGCAUUGUUUAUAAAUUGGUAAACUUACAUCUGAUGCGUUUUAGUUUCAAAAAAUCAUGAAAUAAAAUAUUUAUCCUAGAAAUAUAUUUUAAGCUUUAAGGCACGGCGGGGCACUGUGCAAUUCAGAGUGCUUGGAUUCAGCUAACUAUGCUAUAUUGGCCAUACAUACACAACAAAUCAACAAGGUGCCUUAUUGCUGUUAUAAAUCGGUUACCAACACAUUUAGAACUGUAAAAAUGCUUGUGUUCUAUUAUGAAUGUUAUAUGGUCUCAAAUACCAUCGGUUUUAGCAAGUCAGUAUUGAGUUCGAACUACAAGGUUUAUAAUUAUUUCAAUAAAAUAAAAUGCCAAAGCAAAUUUCUAUUUUAAUGAUAUCAAAUCAGGAAUUUCUGCAAUUAUAGCAAUACAUAUUCUAUUCUCAAUUGUGUGCAUUGUGUGUACAUACAUGUUUCAUGUGCUUAAAUAUUAAAUAUGUUUUAUUUAAUUUUUUUGACAGCAACCUUGGAGCAGUAAGGUUUAACUGUCUUGGUAAACAAUCAACUUUUCAAUUUGUUGGCUAAGGGAUUCAAUCCGCAACAUUUGCAAAGAUGUGCACAAAUUUGUUGAUGGGUUAAAACAUUUUUAAGCAGACACUAAAUAUACCUUUGAUCAUGGUCUAGUUGCUAAUUAGGCUUUAUAUAGUGGGUAAAUAACCCCAGUCACUACAAAGAUAGAGGGAUCUUUCCUAAUUCAGUUGCUGGAGUAGAAGGAAACAGGAUUUUGCCAUUGGGCCUAUGGAACUUUUUAAAUAGGUACAGAGUUUAAAGGGGUGAUUUUACGAAUUACAAAUCAUGAAGCUCCUGAAAAUGUGUUGAAAGCUGUUCCAUUGGGGAAAAUGAAAAUGAUGUUCCAUCAUUGGGUAAAAUAAAAAUCUUCCAUAUAAUUUAAUGUAAGUGGUCUGUCUGUGAAGUCAUACAAUUUAACAAUUUAAAUGGUAUAAUGAUUAGUGUAAUGUUGUAAGUUUUUACUCUGACCAAGAGGUGGCAGUGGUAAGACAAGAACGUUUUUUGGGUGGCUUGGGCAGAGCAAGCUAGUUGCCUGGAGGCAGUUUGUCAGAGCUCCCUGCGUGGAUAUGUUCCCAUACUAAACCUUCAGUAAAGAACUUUUAAUAGUAAUUCAGCGUGUCCCUUUUUUUGUUUUCCUGCCAUGAGAUAUUACAGUUAGACUGUAAGCUUUUAUUUGAGUGUAUAUUCAUCCAAAUCCAUUCUUAUCUAAAUCUUGGUCACAUCUGUACAGAAUACCUUUUUCCUGAACACUGCAGACAAUGUAGGUAUGUUUUAGGUUCUCCUGUUUUUUAAUCUAAUGCAACUAGGUUUUUUCUCACCUUGCAGUACAAUCUCUGUAGUUCUACUGGUUAUGCAUAUGGUAGUAGCUGACACAUCCAUGCUUACCUCCUGGAGAGAGUUCUUGAACUGAUAGACUGUAUUUUGUAUAUUUUAUCUUCAUUAUGUUGAGCAAUAUUUGGUCAUUCACUGUAGAUAUAUGUAUUGUAAUUUACCCACAUUGUAUUUGAAGUGGGCCUGUGUUUAAGACAUCUGUCCAUGGCUGCAUCCUCAGAGAUAUAUACUUGUGAAUAAUAAAUUACACAUUGUGUGUC